AUUUUUAGCGCUCUGAGUAACAUUGGCAUUUCAAGUAACAACGCGGGCGCGAUAUCGCUUGCGGGAUCAAACAAAGCGGUACCUCUUGACGUGCUUGGGUUCCAAGCACCCGUCAGCAGCAUGCCCGACGGCCCUGUUCGCUGCCACCGCCACAAAGUGACGCGUUCUGCUGCUCUCGGCGUCCAGAUUCACGUGCGAAUUGAUGGCAGCUCGCCAGAGAAGUUGCGCCGUGAGGGCAAAAAGGCCAAGAAGUCGACGACGAAAAAUCGAACGACAGCGCGCCUCGACAAUUUUGCCGCAGCCUUUGCAGCCAAAUCGAUGGAGGAGCGCAUUCGAGCUCACAAGAAGAGCAUGCUCCUUGCGUUCGACUCGAUUGAAAAGCACCGACCGAAAUCCAUUCAGCCCAUCUGUCGCAGCGUUCCCAAGACAUUGCAAUUCACUUCGUUCGACCCAGAUCCCCCGGCAAUCCCCGCUUUCGUCUUGGAGGAUUUCGUGAAAUAUAUGGAGGUGGAGCAAGCGGCAGGUCGCGAUAUUCCGCCGCCGUUGCGCCGCACGUACGAGCCACCACCGUCGUUCCCAAAACGACAUGUCAAGUUGAAGCGAUUAAAUCGACCUCACUCCGCGACCCUCGCUCGAGAUACUGCCCGAGCAUCGUCGCGACUGCGCCAAGAAGUCCACGAAGCUCGUGCAACGGACUCGUUCUCGCCGCCGAAACCAAGGAGGCCCCAAACGGCCAAGGAACGGCCACCAACUCACCAAGGUCAAGUCGAAUUCGAGGUCGAGCGGGUGCUGCAGUCGUACCAGGCCAAGUUUCAACCACACAUUUUGUGUCGCCUCGACAAGACGUGGACAAGGCCAUGUGCCAGGCCAACGCCUCUCCACCGCACAUUCGCCGACGCCGACGACGAUGGGCUGCCCGAAUUCAGCUUGGAUUUUCAUGGCGUCGAUCUCGAUGGCGGUGGCAUUCCAGGGUUCAACAUCGACGCGGUGCCGACUCUGUCCUUGCCGGCAUUCCGCCCGCACAUUCUACUGACGGUGGAUCUAUCCUUUGCCAAUUUGACGGAUGCAGGGUGCUUUCCGAUUGCCACCCAACUCAUCCAAGAGCCCACCAUCACUGCGCUAAACAUCAGCGGGAAUCCUGUUACGUUGCUUGGAGUCGAAACUUUGCUCGAAGCUGUCAAGUGCCGCGCGCUGUUUCAAGCCAUCGACGCACACUUGCCGCCCGUUCGCGCAUUGUACAUGCACGACAUGGCUAACGUCGACGUCAUGUUUGUGGCCAAGCUAGUCGAGCUGGCGGAUCUCUCGUUGGCCUUGACUCGAGACACGGCCGUCGUCGCAGUAGCCCGGGAACAUCUCGUCCUCGAGUUGGAGUCAGCCGCGGACGAUAGAUUCACGUUACCUUCCGAGUCCGCCACGGAGAACGCCGCCGUAGCUAUCCAUUCUGCAAAAGAGCCUCACCACGAUGGAAGGAUUAGACUUCCAUCAGCAGGCACAAACGACAGAGGUGCUGCCGACGGCGCCCUGUCGACUUGCCCAUCGUCGGACCAGCCCCAAGACACAAACAUGCAACCCACCGUCAAAAACGCAGCCACCGCCCACUCGAAACCAGCUCAGCAGGCAAAGCACCGCGAGAGGGUUCGUAGAGUCACCCGCCGCGCUGUAGAAGGAACGACAGCUCCGCCGUCCGGCAAGACAAGUGCGGGACAUGCCUCGACAGCAUCCAGAAGUCGCAGCGCUACCGGUGGACAGAGCGUUCGUCGACUUGAAGGUGCCACAACAACGGCACUGCCACAAGUGGAAGGGAGAACCAUGAAGACGAAGAGGAUUGUCAACACUGCCGUGGCGGCACCUGCGACCUCUCCAAACGUAGAGGAGCUGGCUACGGCUCAAGGUGCGUCGAUCGAAUCACCCGUUGGAGAGGGCGCUGUUGUGGCUGGCUUGGCAAGCGCACAGAAUCAACGGAAUGAGUGCCCCCGCAACGUUGCAAAGCAUGAUUCAGGCCUCGGCCACCUCACCAAAAUUGCCACGGCCGUGGCCGACGACGUCUUGGCAGCCAUCAUGCGUCAUUUUAUUGCGCCCACAUUCUUGCGCCCACCGACAGCACGACGCGAGUCCGAAGCGGCCACCUUUUCACACACCGUCCACUCGCUUUACAGUCGACAAUCCAACGCAACAAGUGCAUCCGUUAUGACGGAUUGCAGCCUUACCCACUGGCACGUUGUCCAAGUAGCCGAGCAGCUCGUUGCUGACACGGUGGACGCCGCUGUCCGUGCUGCUAGCAUGAAGAAGACUCGUAGCAAGGUCCACGUGUGUGCCACACUGGCGCAAGCUAUUGCAUCUGCCGUGAUCAACCAAGGAUGCACGAGGUUGGUGAGCACGGGAAGGCAGGGGGGCAAGUAGACUUCGAAUGCCCAACCAACGCAAUAAACUUGUCCAGCUGUGUGUUCA